CACGCAUACAGUUUGAAGGUUUCCUUCGCUGCCCGUGUUGGGACUGUAGAGCCUCAUUAUGCAAUUUAUCUGUUUACAAAAGUGAAACUGGAGACUGUGGACCACGAGGGGACAGCUGACAGGCCGGGGAUAACUCUCUUUUGGACAUGACCAACGUCAAGCCCAAAUCAGAGAGCCGGCGCGAUGGAGCCGAGGGCCCGGAUGGAGGCUGGGGCUGGGUGCUGGUCGUUGCCAUGUUUAUCAGCACGAGCCUCGUGUUCGGCCUGAUGCGGAGCCUGGGGAUCUUCUUUGUGGAGUUCGUUCAGUACUUUGAGGAGAGCGCUCAGGCCAUCUCCUGGAUCUCGUCCACGGGCCUGGCAGCGCAGCAGUUCUUCAGUCCACUGGCUGCUGCACUGUGUAAUGCAUAUAAUACCAGAGUGGUGGUGAUGAUGGGGGGCCUUCUCGCUGGGCUCGGCCUCACGCUCGCCUCGCAGGCCACCUGUCUCGUACAUCUCUACCUCACAAUGGGAGUGAUUUCAGGUUUGGGAUGGGGGAUGGUCUUCACUCCCAUGGUGGCCACAGUCAUGGCUAAUUUCACUCGCCGGCGUGCUCUGGCUUUGGGACUGGGGUUCUCCAGCAUUGGUCUCUCUUCCUUCGCUUUCAACCCACUGUUUCAGCUGCUGGUGGAGACGUAUGCCUGGCGAGGGGCCCUGCUGAUCCUGGGGGGCCUCAGCCUCAACAUUAUACCCUGCGGGGCGCUAAUCCGUCCGCAGCAGUGGUCUAAAGCACCGGCAAAGGUGGAUUCAGAGAGCAGGUCAUAUGCUUCCAUGUUGCGGCGAGUCGCCUCUUACCUGGAGCUGUCCCUGCUCACUGAGAGGCCCUAUCUCACCUACACUUUGGCCGUUACACUUUUUAACGUUGGCUACUUCGUGCCUUACUUCCACCUGGUGGCCCACAGUCGCCAGGCUGGCUUCUCGGAGUACCAAGCUGCCUUUGUUAUGUCAGCUGCAGGUGCUACAGACAUUUUGGGCCGCGUAGUGUCAGGCUGGUUCUCCGACCUGGGCUAUUUUCGGGUCAUACAUUUAAUGAGCUUGUGGACAUGCCUAGCAGGAGUGUUCAUCAUGCUGCUGCCCGUGAGCUCCAUGUCUGGCUCCUACACCGCUCUGAUGGCGAUCAGCCUCCUCUACGGCUUCUGCUCUGGGGCUUUGACCUCCCUGGUAUUUGCAGUAGUCCCCAUGAUUGUGGGCGUGGAGCGCAUGAUGGGGGCCCUCGGACUGCUGCAGCUCAUCGAGAGUGGUGCAGGACUUCUGGGGGCUCCUCUGUCAGGGUUGCUGAAGGACAUCACAGGAAACUACAUCGCCUCCUUCGUGGUAGCAGGCUCUUUCCUCCUUCUGGGUGUGCUGAUUGUGACCACUCUGCCUCACUUUUUCUCCCGCGCCGAUCCGCCGCCUCCUCAAAGACGUUCCCUGGAUGGCAAAGAGAAAGGUUUGCAUUCAGAGCUGGAACAGAUGAACAGUUUGCCCUCUGACAAACAAAAACCCGCGGAGGAGCUGGAUGAUCCAAAACUCUGUCAGUAAAUGGUUCAAGAGCCUUGCGAGCGAUGGCGCCUUUCUGAAGACACGAUCAAAACGCGUCUGUUUCACGUGUCUGUGAACAGCUGCGUAUUUACAUCAUACCUCAGAGACUCGAAGUGAAAGCUGCAGCUUCGUGUGAAACCUGUAGCGCCUGAAAGGGGCCAGUGAGCUCCUCACUUUGUUACAAAUAUGAACCUCAGUUUAUUGUUGGAGUCAGUACCUUCUGCCUUAAAAGAAACUCUGGGCAUUUUAUUUAAAAUUCACACACGUGACUGUUUUUCAUGCAAAGCCAGAUGCUGUUUUUAAUUCUGGAUAUGUCAUCAAGUUUUAUUCUCUUUGUUCAUGUGAAUAUAAAGCUUUAAAGGUGAUUCUGCUGCUGUGAGAAUGGCACUUGACCACUGGACCAGCCCUGAAAGGGCCCUAAGCCAAAUUAUAGUUGUAAUCUGUUGAAGCAGAUGUUCGGGUAAAGACCGCAGCAUGUCCCUCGCUGUUAACACUGAUUUAUGUUGAGCACAGCUAAAUGAGCUGCUGGUGUUCAGCGCUAAUCUUCAGGAAUUUCUCAUCCCGCCGAUGCAUUUUGUUGCUCAGCAGGAACGCAAGAUGGUGUUUUCUCAGUUGCAUUUUUAUGAUGACGUCAUUUUAUUUGCUUGAGCACUUUGUACUUUUGUUGAGCAUAAACCAGAGCAGGCUUUGUAAACCAGAGCUGUUCGGCUUUGAGAGCAGCGGGACAGUUGUCGUGUUUGAAACAAGACCACGACACGGUCACUGUGACCCGCUGGUUACUGGCACGCUUACUUCACUGGUGUUGCAAUGCUAAAGGCAAUAUUGUCUACAGCCAAGGCAUUGCAACACUAAACAGCUGAGCUUUUACACUAAUAGACCUGCCUCUUCAGUUACCUGCAAACUGUCAGUGAUAUUUAAAAAUGUCUUGUACUCAGCCUUGAUUUAAAAAAAACAAACAAACAAAAAAAAAAAACAAUAUAUUUUAUUUUCUUUUAGUGUAUGUGUUUAACCUUUACCAGGUCGGCAGGUCUUUAGUGAUAUUGUUUUCACCCAAAACAACAGGAUGAUGGCGCCCUCUGUUGGGCUUUUGACAGUAAUACAAACAGUAUUGCGCCUCGAUAACCAAUUAUGCUUUUCCUUAUUUUCUGUCAUGUACACCAAUCAACCACAACAUUUAGACCACCGGCCUAAUAUUGUGUUGGUACCCCUUUUUGCUGUCAUGCAACCCUGACCCUUCAAGUCAUGGACUCCACUAGACCCCUGAAGGUGUGAUGUGAUAUCUGCACCUAGAUGCUAGCAGCAGAUCCUUUAAGUCCUGUAAGUUGUGAGCCGGGGCCUCAGUGGAUCAGACUUGUUUGUCCACCACAUCCCACAGAUGCUCGAUUGGAUUGAAAUCUGGUGAAUGUGGAGGCCAUUUGAGUGCAGUGAACUCACUGUUAUGUUCAUGAAACCAGUUUGGGAUGAU